AUGAUUGAAUGUGAUAAUGCGACUAAUUUCAAAGGGGCCAAACGAGAAUUGGAUGAACUUGCUAAAUUAUUUGCCUCUCAACAACAUCAAGAACUAGUAACUCGUAGUUGUUCGAUGGAAGGAAUUACAUUUAAAUUUAUUCCUCCUAGAUCCCCCAAUUUUGGUGGACUCUGGGAGGCAGCCGUCAAAUCAAUGAAGAAACAUCUACUCAGUACAAUCGGAAAUGUUAUUUUAUACCAAGAUGAAUUUCAUACGUUACUCACCCAAAUUGAAAGCUGCCUCAACUCACGUCCACUCACGGAACUUAACUCAGACCCCAACGACCUGGAAGUACUAACUCCGGGCCACUUUCUGGUGCACCAACCGCUAGUCGCUAUUCCAGAGCCGAGUCUCGAAGGCGUACCAUCCAACCGAUUAGAUCGAUGGCAGCAAACACAGGAAUACGUCAGUCGAAUUUGGAAGCAGUGGCAAUCGGAAUACCUAUCUGGACUGCAACCUCGUACCCAAUGGACUCAACAACGAAAUAAUGUUUCGGUGGGAACCAUGGUCUUGCUGAAGGAGGACAAUCUCCCGCCACUCAAAUGGAGAUUUGGACGCGUGGUUCAAGUUUUUUCGGGCGAGGACGGCAACAUAAGAGUAGUCACCGUUAGGACUAAAGAUGGCGAAUUUCGGCGCGGAAUUUCCAAGAUUUGCGUACUGCCUGUUCGAAACCUUUCAAAAUCCGAUAGUGGUUAA